AUGGAGCAGCUUCGCGGUGCAGCGUGGUGCAACGCGGUGGAGACGUUGAACGACGCUGAACGACACGUUCGAGCUGCCUUCGUUGACGCUUGUGGAAUUGGUUCCUGGUUUGCCGCUAACGGAGGAGAUUGCAUCGCUGAGUUGCGGAGUUUUCGUCUGAUGCUGGUGGUCCGUGCAGGAGUUAGUUUUCCUGGCCUGCCGUGGUGCAACGUGGUGCAGCGUGGUGUGUGGCUGCCUCUACCCGCCCUGCUGACCACCCGCUUGCUGGAGUGCUGCUGGCUGAUCCUGGCGCUGCUGAGGUGGACGGGCGCGGUGGGAUGA